GAGCUAAUGCUGAAGACCCCGGACAAAAACCCUUUAAUUUUUACUAGUAAGUAUAAGUUGGAUCUCUCUGCCUCUAGCUUUGUCCCAUCUGCCUCUCUAGGGUUCUGCUUCUAAUGUGCUCUGCUCCCAUAUACUAUUAGUUGCAUCAAAGGCACAUAGAAAUAUAAAUUUUCUUGGUUAGUUAGUUUGAAAAAUGGGGGAUGCAGAAGGUGCUCUUCCGCCAUCAAAGAAGAGAGCUGCUGGCAGGGAAAUAUCUCGGGAUAACCCUGGUCUUGAUGAUGAAGAAGAAGAUGUUUCUGAACAAGAGACUGGAACUUUCAAGAGGGCCAGUGAAGAAGUUUUGGCAAACAGAAGAAUAGUCAAAGUUCGCAGGAAAGAAACCACAUCAACCCCCUCAUCGAAUCCUUUUGCUGGAAUUCGCUUGGUCCCUUUGACUGAAACCCAAGCAACCCCUGCUGAACCCAGUGUAACGUCCACUGAUGUUACAGCUGAAGCUGAUAAUGAUGAGAAAACACUUUCAGAAGAUGGAAAAAGAGAUGUUAGUGAGAAUGAAGAGAAUGAAAAUACUAAGCAGUCAGGAAGCAAGACUGAUGAGCCUGUAGAUGAAUCUGAAAAGAGUGGAAAUGAGAAUGAAAAACAGUUGGAAAGUAAGGUUGAUGAGCCACCAUGUGAAACUGUUGCAGAGAAGGAUAAUGCUGAGGAUAAGAAAAGUGACGCUGCCAAUGAAGCAACCGAAAAUGAGGCCAAUAGUGAAAAACCAGCAGCAGGUGACCAGACCCAGAAUGAAGAUAAGAAGCAAAAUGACAAGGCUGAUAAUGAGGAAAAGAAAGAUAGCACAUGUGAAAAUGUAAAUUCAGCUGCUGAAGGUGCUUCAUUGAGUUCUUUUCAUCAGCUUUCAAGUAGCCAAAAUGCUUUCACAGGACUUGCUGGAACAGGAUUUCCUAGUUCAACAUUUUCAUUUGGAUCUGUCCAGCCUUCUUUUGGUUUUGGUCUCUCAACAAAUGGAAACUCUUCCCUCUUUAACACAUCAGGGUCUUCAAUUGGUUCAAAGAGUGAGGGAAGUGGUUUUCCAUCCAUGCAGGAGGUUCCAAUUGAGACAGGGGAAGAGAAUGAGAGAGUAGCUUUCUCAGCUGAUUCAGUUCUGUUUGAGUUUAUGGAUGGAGGGUGGAAGGAGCGUGGGAAGGGCGAACUCAAGGUGAAUGUCUCCACAGCCGGAACAGAAAGAGCCAGGUUGCUGAUGAGAGCUAGAGGAAAUUAUAGGUUGAUUCUGAAUGCCAGUCUUUACCCAGACAUGAAGCUGACGAAUAUGGACAAGAAGGGCAUCACUUUUGCUUGCAUGAAUGGUAUUGGAGAAGGGAAAGAAGGGCUAUCAACUUUUGCAUUGAAGUUUAAGGAUGUUUCUAUAGUAGAAGAGUUCCGAGUGGCUGUCAUGACACACAAAGGCAAGACAGGAGGUGCUCUUAAGACCCCAGAAAAUUCCCCUAAAGCAUCUGAGGUUUAAGGUGUUCUCAUAGAGCUGCUUGGUCACAAGGUUAACCUUUUCUUUCUCUAUUGAAAGAAUGGAUCUUGCAUUGAGUAUGUUUAUUGUUAUUUGCUAUGCUUUUUCAUGUAGCAGAGUCACAGAGUCCAAUCUUUCGAUGUUUAACUUUUAUGUAGUCUGCGGGAGCAUGUUCUCAACUUCUUUUUGGGUCACUCUUGGAAAUAAACUACCUUAUAGUCUAUAAAGCUAGAAGACAAUUGAAUCUUUGACCGUUAUUAUAGUUUUCCCUUGAUAUGGGAUCUCCGUGGAAUUGCAAAAUUGCAUAGCAUUAUGGACAAUUUAUGUCAAAAGUCAUUCCCCAAUUUCUGUACCAUGUUAAUCUAUUCCAUUUCCUGAUAGUAGUAGGUAUUUGAAGGUUGGAAUGGAUGUUUGUGUCGUGCGUAGGAUUGAGUAACUUGAAUUUCACCAUGUGAAUAAGUUAUGUGUUUUAUC